UUGAUCAAUUUGGCAGCAACUGCGAUAACGCUGCGAAAUGUGUCCGAGCGCGUUUCCCGGCCCGUGACGGGUUUCUGACCCGUCCCGCCGUCCAUGCUGUUGAAUCCCGGCUAAGCGGUUUUAAAAGCGAUUGCUUUCAGCGGAGCAGUUUGACAUGUCUUGCGCGGUCGGUGGAGGGGCGCAGUCUGCAUGGCUGGGAGCUGCCGCGGGCUGCUGCUCCUCGUCAGCGGGCUCAGCUUCUGCGGCACUAUUUAGCGCAGGAUCGGCCAUCGCGGGUCGGCUACCCAGCCGAGUACUCGAGCAUGUGUUCUCUUAUUUGGAUCUGUCGGAUCUCAUGAACUGUUCCCUGGUAAGUUGGCAUUGGAACAAUUGUCUGACGGAUGAAAACAGUGAGGUGUGGCGGAGCCUGUGUGCCCGUGUGCUGACUGAUGAAGCGCUUCGCUCGGAUGUCCUCUGCAAUCUGCCUUCUUAUAAAGGAAAACUGAAGUCUUUCCAGCACGCUCUGAGCUCCCAUGAUUGCUCCAGGAAUGUCUAUAUCAAGAAAAACGGGUUCACUCUGCACCGUAACCCCAUCGCCCAAAGCACCGAUGGUGCCCGUGGGAAGAUCGGCUUCUCAGAGGGACGGCAUGCCUGGGAGAUCUGGUGGGAGGGGCCCCUGGGCACAGUGGCGAUGAUUGGCAUCGCCACCAAGAGGGCUCCUAUGCAGUGCCAGGGCUAUGUGGCUCUACUAGGCAGUGAUGACCAGAGCUGGGGAUGGAAUCUUGUAGACAAUAACCUACUUCACAAUGGAGAGGUCAACGGCAACUUUCCGCAGUGCAACAACGCACCAAAGUACCAGAUCGGGGAGAGAAUACGCGUAAUCCUAGACAUGGAUGAUAAAACACUAGCCUUUGAGCGAGGGUUUGAGUUCCUCGGAGUGGCGUUCCGAGGGUUACCCAAAACAUGCCUCUUUCCAGCUGUUUCAGCUGUCUAUGGGAACACUGAAGUGACAAUGGUGUACCUGGGAAGACCCCUGGAUGGUUAAGGAGGAUGUCAGUGCCACCAUUAAAAGCUGAGAGCAAAAUUUGGGAACUACUUCUUGACAUAAACAUGACUCUUAGCUAUUCACAUCCUGACUGAGAAAUGGAUUGUUACUGGUGGAAAUUGGUGGUGGAUGGGUGGGACUUAUUGAUGGUGAGGAUCUCCGACACAUCUGCUGAUUUCUGUUGAAUCUCUUUUAAUCUGUUUGAUGGCCUGGACAUUUGUUUUUAAAAAAUAAUUUUAAUCUAAUUUGUGAAAUUGCACAAGAGGCAGCUGUUCUAUUUUAUGAAAUAGAUUAAACAAUUAUGCCAAACUAGAUAAGACAAGUGGCAAAGUUUUAUAAUGAAUUCAAAACCUUUUACACACACAUUGUGACGAGAUGAUACUGCAAAUGGGACUGCAUUAAGAGAGUACAAGGCUCAAGCUUUCACACAAAACACAAAAUUACAUGUAGGUAAAUGCCAUGAAGUAAACAUGCCAAAACAAUGUACCAAUAUCUUACUGUUUUUCAUUCAGAGCAGUUAUCUGCAUGCAGUAUACUCAUCCCUCCCUGCGAUUUUGAUUUUUUAAGGACAGGCAAAGGUAGUGUGUGGUUAUUCUGUUUGUUACUGUACAUCUUAACUGUGAUGUAGAAGUGUAUAGUAUUUAUUUAUUGAGGCCCAUAUUUGCCAUAACUCAGGUUAUGGAGACUGCAAAUAAACUCUGAAUGGUGCCAGUCUGUGAAGGUAUCUCAGCCUGUUCUGUUUUUGUGACACAGUGAAAUUUGUUGUAUUUUGGCCUAUAUAAAAGCAAAGAUCUGUAUUUAUUUGAUCAAAAAAGGUAAUCGCAAUUAAACUAAGGAAUCAACUAAAUAAACCCCUGCUUAACCCAUGGCUGUUCCUUUAUCACCACAAGGUGGCAUUCAUAAUCACCUUAAAAAGGCAAACAAUCUUGCUUUGACACGGUUUUGUCUGCUUUUUGGACAGCAACGUAAUUCAUACUGUGUACGGCAGUUUGUUUAACCCUUAAAUGCAUGAAUAUUUCACCAAACAUUAAAUACUCUGGUCUUUUCAAAGCAUUUUCAAGACAAUUCUAAAAUAAUAGAAUGCAAUAUGUUGUAAUAUAUUUUAAUGUUGUAUUUUUCAUAUAUCGAAGAGAUGAUGCAACAAAUCAGGACAAAUCUAGAACAGGAUUCAUUACUUUCAACACUGAAAUUUCCUGAGACGCAGCUGGCUGUUGAACACAGCUUAAGAAACAUAAUCUGUAAGAUACACAUAUGCAAUACAUGUACGUUCUCAGGCAAUUUUUGAGUCAAAAUAGAUGCACAACUUGCAUAAUUUCAGUAUUACACACAAAUGCUAAUAGUCAUAUCAUAAUGUUCAUGUGUUACACUUGCUAUAGUUUACUUCCACAUUGCUUCAUCAAAUAUCAGUGUCAAAUGUAAAUCAAGUCAAUCACUGAAAUAAAAGCGUCACUUUGAGUAACAAAUAGCAUGUAAAAUAUGUAUGUGUACACGUAUACGGGAUACUGAUACAGGGUUCCCACGCAUCCUGGAAAACCUGCAGUCAUGGAAAAUUAGAAAAAUACCUAAAUGUCCUGGAAAAUAAUAUAACGACUGUGUUGCUAACAAGUUACAUGUACAAAAACAUGGUAAUGAUCGAGACUUGAAAUAGGAGUCAAAUACACAAAUUUGUAUCAUUUUGUCACUGCUGGCAGCUGCGCAUUGUGAAACAACUUCAAAGGUUAAAUGUCAUAAAACAAAUCCCUAUCACAUACUUUCUCUGCUCAAAGUUUAAAUAUUGAUAUAGUACAAAAUACGUUUUUUAUUCCAACAUUGCUGUUAUGUUAACCACAAAAACAUGGAGUUGGAAGCGUGGCGAUUCGGACUUCACACCUUGAGAUAUGAAUUAAUGUUAAAUCCGCACUAUGUAACAUUAACAAAUUGCCAUUGCUAAUUGAGUAUAUUAACAAUCAGUGUUCAAAACAAUGUCCUUACCUUACCCCGAUUCACUACGGUAAACAUAUAUAUUUUGAUGAUUUGUAUUUUGAGCUGUCGGGUAGGAUUUGGCAUGAAAUCGCUGGCUUAUGACGUACAUCCUUGCGUCAUUACGACAUGUCCUUAAACACAAGAAAGAAGUACCGCUGUCUCUUUUCCAUGUUACAGCAGCUGGCGGCAAUGCACUUUUUUUUUUGCGAGUCGCCGUUAGAAAGAAACUAUGUUCAGUUCAGUCACAUUCACUCCGUUCAGAACAGCAUCGCAGCAAUCUGGAUGAAUUUGUAUCUGUUCUCCAUUUGGUUAAGUUGUUUACCUGCUAUAAUGCUUGGAUAUGUUGUCUGGUAGGGUUGUUUUAGCUAAAAUUGUUUGUCGUGCUUGAAUCGAACAUCAUUCGUGUGUUGACCGAUCGCAAUGUAUUUACGUUGUCCGGUGAAGUUACUGUGACACGUUUACUAAUAUGUAUGACUUCUGAAGUUGGUUACUUGUAACUGUUAUAUUGCAUAUUUAAGAUAAUUAUUUUCAUGUUUAAUAAAUAAUAUUUUA